CUUCAUAGGAGAGUGAUGGGCAAAUGGUUUAUCGUUGAACUGAGUCGAACAUCUCUCAGAUUUUUCAAGCUUCCUUGAUUCCCACCUUGGGAAUUCCAAAAUGCACAGUAAAAUCUCUGAAUCACCUCUUAACCCUCCCAUCUGCCAAUCCUCCUCCCAGCCCAACAUGUGGAUACUUGUGUGUUUUAGCCAGAGGGGAAUAGCAAACGGGGGAAUAGAAUAGGGAAGUCCAACUAGAAGUAGGAAAAAAAUCAGACGUUGUUGAGCAUAUCGACCAGUGCUAAUUUUUCAGGAGUACAAACUCAUUUUCAGGGAUUUUGAAGGGAUUUUGGAUAACUAUAUAUAUACAUUAUCAGCUGUUUCCAUCCUCCAUCUCUCAUGUUAGGUCGAAUAUCAGGCACAGGGGCAUGGACAGGAAGCUUUUUUGUUGUUUCUGUAGGGCCCCCAAGCCCCCGAACGAUGAAGUUGUGUCAUGGCGACAGUCCCUCAAAAAACUUCUGGAGUGUAAAACAGGGCAGUUGGCCUUCAGAGAGUUCCUGAAGACAGAGUACAGCGAGGAGAACAUCUUGUUUUGGCUGGUCUGUGAGGAGUACAAGACCAUCACCUCCAACACUGAGAUGGCUGAAGCAGCGAAGAGAAUCUACACAGAGUUUGUACAGGUCGACGCCCCCAGACAGAUAAACAUCGACUGUGAGACCAGGCAGGAGAUUACAAACAGCAUGUCUCAGCCGACCCUGAGCUGCUUCGACAAGGCACAGAGAGUGAUAUACAAGCUGAUGAAAAAGGACAGUUAUCCCAGAUUCCUGAAAUCUGAAAUCUAUCAGGCUCUUUUAGAACCAUCAGACGCCAGCUGAGGUUCCAGGACCAGGUGAAGAAUAAUACCUGUCUACAUCCAUCAGGCUGUGGGCUGACAGUGAUUCAACUCUCUCUUCUCUAACUACCUGUCCAUGUUAGUUCAGCGUGGUUUAACUUUGGGCUGGAGCACAAAACACAGGGCUCAUGCUCAGCAGUCUCUCUAAUGAUAAUUCAUCAUCUAGCUUAGUGGCUCCCAAUCGUGUUCUAUUAUUGUCGGGAUAAUCUAUCCAUAUAAAAAUGCUAUAUAUGAUAUGAUUAAACAUUUUAUACUAUAAAGACUUUAUUUACAGUGUAGCGUGUUAUGUAUGUUUUAUAACUUGUAUUAUUUUUUACAAGGUUAGUAUUAUCCAUUGGUUAUCCAUUGAUUGUUACUUUGCACAUGAGCUGUAAUUAUUUAUGGUAUUUUCCCGCUGUCUAUGUAAAUUAGGAUAUGUCAGACUUGCCAGUAAUGUACAAGACAACAUUUCUGUUGAUUUGUUCAUUUCUGUGUUGUUUCUGUCUAUGACAGGAAUUCAACAGGCCAAACAAUGCAAUUUUGUGUGCGUGUGUGUGCAUUUGUGUGUGUGCAUGUGUAAUUGCAUUUCAAAAGGCCAAGCCAACACAAUCAGUGCAGCAUCAACUGAGGUCGUAGUCUCUGUCACUCAGUCGUACCCUCAUGUUGUUCCUCUUUAUCUCUCAUAACCAGACCAACCCCAAACACUCUGCUCCCUAGGCCACCAGGCCAAUGGGCCAUCGUUUGAGACAUCUCUCUCUCUCUUUCUCCCCCUCUGCUUUUCCCUUCUGUUUUCACACAUUGUACAACGUGAUUUCAUGUUGUCUACAUUAAUCUAAUAUAGUGCUAUGUCUAACACCAGUUCAGGUGUAUAGUCCCUAACCAGCAGGAGUCUAUGUACUGUGGAAGCAUCAACCACCUUCCCACACUAUAACACCCAUGACAUUCCCCUUUUUGCACACAGACCCCCUGCAAGGAUACACACCUGGCGUCUUCCACUAGUAAACACGGAUACAUGCAAGUGUAGCAUGUACAAACCUGCUCUGGGAUACAAUAUCAUGCUCACUUGAGUUACACAUCAGUGUUCUCUCAGUGAGUUACACAUGCACGCACCCACACACACACAAAUGGGAACUUUAAUUGUGUUUCUGGCCAAAUCUACUACAUGUGUUGCUGGUAUACAUCACUCUCUGCAGGAGGCUGUAUCAUGCUGAGAGGAAACAGCAAGGAAUACUGAGACUAACACAGUCUGUUAGGUCCUGGACUGUAGUCUUAUUACUGUCACUAUGUCUUCCUAUAUGGCCCCCUGACGUCUUCCUCUCUCCAAAAGCUGUGACAGUUUUUAGUAUACUUUUCCAUUCAUAUCAACAAAUCUAAUCACUGUUCCAGCUGUAUGUGCACAUGGACAUCUUUCCAAUUGGCCAUAAUACAUUAAAGCCCUGU